UGCAGAGGGCGUGUCUCGAUGCCCUGCAAUACUCACUGAUGGUUAGGGUUACGGGGACCAGCGGUUUAUGUAAAAAGCGGACGCACUGAGGAGAGACACCAGACGGCGUUUUAAAGGACUCAUACAGAGGGAAAGCGUUCAUCCCGGCGAGUGGAAACUAUAUUAUAGGAAAUGUGUCGGAUCGGUUCCUUUUUCUUACCCCGAUCGCGGAUUCUUAGGACGGGGGAGACUUUGUGAAAACGCUCCCGAUGAGCUAAAUGCCCGGAGAUAAAGCGUAGAUAACAAACAACCGGCGAUAUCUUGCUGACAGCCAGAUCCCCGACCCCAAUACGAUGCUGCCCCGCCUGCAGAGAGCCCUGCGACCCGCCCUUGCCCUUCGAUCCGGGCUGGCUUGCAGAGCUCGCCGCGGCAGCGACCUCCGCACGGCGCCCAAGACGCCGACCUCCGUGCAAAGUCGCGGCUUGGGCACGCACCCCCACAAGGAGCCGAUGGAGCCGCUGAACUCGCCGCAGGGCGCACGGGAGUUCAUCUACAGCCUGCAUCCCACGGAGCGGACGUGCCUGCUGCGGGAGCUACAUCGCUUCGAGUCCAUAGCUAUAGCACAAGAGAAACUGGAAAUGGCCCCUCCAACAGCAGCCCAGCUGAGAUACGUACUCCUGCACAACGCCAUCCCCUUCGUUGGAUUCGGGUUUCUGGACAACGCCAUCAUGAUCGUGGCUGGGACGCAGAUUGAACUGUCCAUCGGGGUCAUUUUGGGAAUCUCCACCAUGGCAGCCGCAGCCUUGGGGAACCUGGUGUCAGAUCUGGCCGGACUCGGCCUUGCCGGGUACGUAGAGGCCUUGGCCAGCCGACUGGGCAUGCAGAUCCCCGACCUGACGCCCAAGCAGGCAGACAUGUGGCAGACCAGGGUCAGCUCGCACGCGGGAAAAGCCAUAGGGGUCGGUAUCGGCUGUGUGCUGGGGAUGUUCCCCUUACUCUUCUUCAAGGACGACGACGAGCAGGACACUAAAGGAGGUGACGGACCCAAGCAGCCACUGCAGGACUCCAAGUGAGCUUCCCCUGCCCCCCCAGCAAAACAAACACGUUGGCACAAGGACUCACCAGGACUGACAGACUAGUGUUCCACACACUGCUGGGCUCCGGCAGGGAAACCUGAACUCCAUUAGGACACUAACACUAUGACCGUAACCUCCUGCAAUGAAGACCCCGUCCUCAGCCGAACCCCUGGCCCGGUCCCGGCGGCCGCUGCCCCCCCCCUGCCUGUUUGAUGUCAUGCCUUGUGUAGUACACGUGGUGAUGUCUCUCUAGCCUUCAGGAAACCCCUGGGAGCAAACUGGGGACUGCUGCCUGUAGGGGGCGAUGGCGUCCCCACUUUGUGUCAUACAGUCCUCACAGAAAGUCAAGGUCGCCUGCUUAAUUCUAGAAAAUAUUGCAAAUUUAUUGGUUUUUAUAGCAAACAUUGUUACUUUUCUCAUUUGCUUACAAUAAAAGAUAUAACACUAGAAAUAGCCGUUUCAAGUAAAAUGUUCAUUUGAAGUAGUAAUAUAUUGAGACAAAUUAUAGUCCAAAAAGAGCUGUUCUGCGUUAAAAAAGUUCCUUGACAAGCAGUCUCAUUGGGUACUUUAUAAUUACUAACACCUUUACAAUCACAUAAAAUACCAAACAUUUGUGUUUAGUUUCCCUUUGGGAGCCAAUGACUGCAACUACAAUUAAGGAAAAUGGCAAGAACAGAACUGAAUGAGUCAGUUAAAAAAAUGACAAUAAAACGAAAAUGUCUGUACAGAGAUGUUAAACAUUGCUUGUCAAUUGACUUUUGUUAUGAAACCAAAAAAUUUGCAACAUGUUUGCAGAAUUAAGCAGAAUUAAACACUCCCCCCACACACAAAUAUGUGAGCUUUGUGGCUCCCUUGGAUUUUAUAUCCCCCACCACUAGAGGCCACUGUGUGACCCGAGAAGCCCUUACCACCUUCCUGUACUCGGGGGGGGUCGUCACCAGUAGCCCUUUAAUAGUCCUUUGCGAACUCCUACGGCCACCCCCGUGCGUCUGGCCAAUGCCAAAAGAAGCCCCACUGCUUGCCAGGCCUCUGCGCUUACUGGUGGGACUGGUGGGACUCUGCACCCAGACCACUAUGCCACUUCCCCUUGCUACCAGUGACACUGUCCCUGUCUGGCAGCUUAUUCAGGGCUGUAAACCAUUUCAUGGCCUGAGUCCUCCAAAUUCCCCUUUAUCAUCCUUCCUGUUUUCUGCCUUAUGCUACAAGGCCAGAGCAGAGGUCAGUAGACUCAGCUGCUCAAUAACACUGCCUUUGAGUUCUUUAUUCUGUUUGUGUUUAACACUAAGCAUCAUGUCCACAUAUUUCAGAAAUGGUUUACAGCCUACGGCCUUCGGAGUCAGACAUCAGCACUUCCCAGCUGAGCUUUGUCAAAUUAAAGCGUAAAGAUGCUUUCGGAAGACUAUAUAAGCAUGGAAUGUGCAGGGGAACGGACAAAAUAAGGAAAACUAUUAAUAACAGUGCGUUAAUAUCACAGGAGAAUGGGUGUGUUAUUAGGGUGGUGGGUUUAGAGCCCAUCUUUAAAACGGCUGAAUGGAAUAGAAUGGAAUAGAAUGGAAUGGAAUGGAAUGGAAUAGAAUAGAAUAGAAUAGAAUAGAAUAGAAUAGAAUAUGACUUAUCAAAUAAUCCCGCCUUUCCUGUUUCCUUAUGGGUCCAGGUUUUGCUCCUUUUGUUGCAAAUGGCAGUUUUAUGAUGAUUGUCACGUGGCUUUGGUUGAUACUGGGUCACAGAGGUACUGAUCCGGUCCUGUGAGGACAUGCUGGCAGCCACUCUGUUACCGUUAGGGACCUUCAAUCUACACCCUCAGUUUUAUGGCAGACACACACUGCUACCCAGCAUUCAGUGUAAUUUCCCUCACUCUUAUGGAGAUAUGGUUAUUUCAGUGUGUAGUAUAGAAUAGAACAGCGAUGCUUCAUUCACCCUCGCGGAGACAUUCUCUUUUCGCCUACGCCAUCUUGCUCCCCUUGAGACAGGCAGAUAAGACACAUAUGCAGGUGAGAGCAGGCUUGGGGGGGUCACUGCACAGGGUCAGCCAGCAGGCAGCAUCGCUGGAGCUGGGGGUUAAGGGUCUAACCGCAGUAUCAGUCUGCCAGCUCUGGGAUUUGAACCAAUGACCUAACGAUCACUGGCACAGUACUAACCCGCUAAGCCACACAUGCCCCCCUCCCCAGUCUUUUUUCGUGUGGUGUUUUCAUUACUUUGUCCUCCCCCUGCAUAUACUAUUCAUAACAAAAAUGGCCAAAAAUCAGAGAAGAAGAAAAGUCUCGCUGGCAGAAAGACUUAUUUUGUUAAUUUUGCACGCAUCGCCGGCGAAUCCCCGUGAGAGUAUCCUGAAGGACCGUCCUCUGAGUGAAGGUAAACCGGAUCUCAGGGACUGGAGUCCCACGCUUUGUCUUCAGAAGCUGAAGCAGCUGUAGGUUAUCGUUUAGUUCUUAUUGCUCGUACUCUGGCGAAGGACGAGGCUCUGAAGGCGCCGUCCCAUCUGGGAUUUCGUGUGGAGCAGCCAGACUGCAGACAUGUCUUGAUCUAUGUCUUGAUCCGGGACGAAAUACUUCAUGGUUCCUAGGAUUUCGAACUUGAACAAAGCCAUAUCUUAAAAGGUGGACUAGCGGAAGAUGUUCAGGGGCUAUAAAGCACGGGCUUUUUUGCAGGAGUAAGAUUGAUGUUCAAUCAUGCUGUUUGACCUUUGAUUGAAGACCAAGGUUGGGACGGAAUUGACAGCCCUUUGGCCGUUACGCAGCAUGUUACCGCGUUUUUCCAGGUUUUAUACACACGUUCUGUGCUGUGAUAACACUCGCCUGCAAAAGGCAGCUUGCUCCCUUGACGUCCCCUAAUGUGUUAAGGUCCAACCUGCAUAUGCAUGUCUAAUGAAGAGUCUGUAUCUGUUGCACUGAAUUAAAUCGUCUCUUGGAUGCCUGGAGUGUGUGACACUGUCUGCAGGCUCUGAUCUGUCGCUGCAGAGAGUGAUUUCAUGUCACCCACCUCGGGAUCACGGCUGGCUGGAAAUCGGCCCAUAACCCCGUUUUGUUCAUAAUUAGGAUGCAGUCAUGAAAGUUUUUAAGAUGCAUGCGGUGUAUCUCCAGUGCCAGUGUGGAACCCGAGGCUUGGGCGGGGGGGGAGGGGGGGAGUGGCCUGCUAAGUGGCCCACAGAAAAUGGGUUGACCGGCACUGUGUGUCCAUUGCUUAUACAGCUCACGGCAUCUUCUAGAAGUCAGAGGACUCUUAGGAAAACCCAAAUCCCUUUCCGCGGCCAAGGUUGAAGCCAUCUCACUUGCUCAUACGCACAAACUCUGAGCCGGGCCGGCCAGGCCGGACCGAGACUGGGAGCGCAUCUAAGCCACUGCCGAAGGGCUUUGGCUGACGAAUGCAAAACCACUCAGCUGAUCCCGCCAUCAGGGGGCGCUUCUGGGCCUCUGGGUGCCUCUGAAAAUGCAUGUUUAGCUUCUCUCUUGGUUCUUAGAGUAUCUGUACUCUGUAGAGUAACAGACUGUAUCCUAGAACAGUAUUAGAGUAUUAGAACAAAUAUGAAGCUGUUUAUCGUCCAGUAACCCUCUCAAGACGCAGCUAUAAAUUCUAUUUAUAUAUAGUUUUAAAAAAUGUUGCUGUCACUUUAAUUUUUAAUUUAACCUCAUUUUGCUGUUUUUACGUUUCCAUUACAUAUGAAGUGAUUUAUCUGUUAUAUUAGCGAUUCGUUCUGGACUGGGUCGCCUGUAUUGCAUUUGCUUCAUUAACCAAACUGUGUUUCCCUACAGCCUCGAAAUGGGACCGCAUGUCCGAGUGCUUUCAUUCUCUAUUAAGCUUGGGUGACACCCAUUCGCUCGUUCUGCAUGGGUCACUUGGACCAUUCGGCUGCCAGUUUCCAGCCGCCACCCUUGCCCUCAUUGGCCUAUGGUGUUUUUCCAUUGUUAGCCAAUCAGCAUUGGGUAUUAGUUCAUCACUUGAUGUCUGGGGUCCACAGAGCCCUGCUCAGCUGACUAUAGCAGUUCCUAUUAUUAGUUCAGUCUAGCAUGUUAAUCGACUCAGUCUGGUCCCAGGGACAUGCACCUCCCAAUCUGUGAGAGGCUCAUUGACAUUUGGCUCACAUGAUCGUGCUUUUAACUUAAAAUUCUUGCAUGAUCUUCAGGACUGUGGUAGUUCUGUCUGGACUAGAGCCCCCAGUCUGUCUUCCCAGCUGCCAAGAUCAUGACCGUGUGUCAUUCGAGUAACAGAUGAGUCUCCUUCUCUUUUCUUGAUGCAAAUGGAGAGAUCAUUCCAGUCGUGAAACAACAGAAAUGCGGGAAAGGUUUGUGGAAACUGAAACCUUACACAUCGAUGUAUGUGUAGUCACACUCAAGAACUUUCUAGAAGGGAUCUGAGGCUGCUAAAUUAAGGGUUGUUGAAGGUUUUUUUUUUGUUUGUUUUUCAUAUAAACACAAGAGUGACAGAUUUGAGGGGAUGUUUAUGUACGUUACUUAAAUUCAUUGUGCUAAGAGAGAACAGUAACACAAAACCAACAGAAUGUAUCAUGCCUUAAAUGUUUUAAGUUUAAGUUUAUUUCUCCCCCCCCACACUGGUUUUGCAGUUCUUCCUUUGUCCUCCCCAUUAAAAACAAAAAUAAAGAAA